UUUCCGGGUGAGUGUGUGCCCUUGGUUGGUAGUGAUCGCUAUGGCGGCUCUGGUGAGGCUCGGCUCUGUGUGUCAGAGGGGUGUCGCUCCUCUAUUAUUCCGCAGUUCAUAUCUUGUCCGACCUUUGGCUGCACGUAAAAAGGACCAGGAUUACCCGUAUUUGUUCACAGCUAAGAUACAUGCGUCACCUUCUUACUAUGCAGGCGCUGGGUCCAAAGCUGCCUCGCUGCACUGGACAGGAGAGCGGGUCCUGAGUGUAAUUCUCCUCAGCUUGGGCCCUAUGGCCUAUUUCUAUCCAGGCCCUGUAAUGGACUACUCUUUGGCAGCAGCACUUACUUUGCAUGGACACUGGGGGCUGGGCCAGGUUGUGACGGACUACGUUCACGGUGAUUCUAAAGUCAAGCUGGCCAGAGCAGGCCUCUUCUUUCUGUCCACUGUCACCUUUGCGGGUCUCUGCUACUUCAACUACCACGAUGUAGGGAUAUGUAAAGCAGUGGCUCUUCUAUGGAGUAAAUAGAUGGACUGAAUUGAAGGGGUGGGGAAAGUGAAGUACGGGUCCUGGAGCUUUUCUCAUCAUGUCCCAGCUGAUUGUACACAUUUGUUGGAUUCCAUGUAAAUUCUAUAAAUAUAUAAUUUUGACAAGAUACCACAUCGAUUCAUAAGUGUUCAUAAUUAAUUGAUUACUAAGCGAAUAUCGUUGGGGUUUCUGUUGGGCUGACUCCUCUGUAUGUCUCAUCUAUACAGAUAGGUGAAAUGACUGUCAUGGGUUAUUUUUUUAAGGUUAAAACUAUGACUGCCAUAUUUCAUAUGGUUAGCAUUCAUCAAGGGAAAAUAUCAGUGUCUAGUUAUGUCUGUCCAAGCCAUUUUAAUUGUUGUCCUCAUGUCAACAAUCUUAAAAUAUGUGUUCAUCUUUUGCUGGGUUGGAAACCCACUGUUCGGUUUUGCUUACCCAGCUUGAAAGAAUCCUUUUUGUGAAACCAGUUUGAUCGAGCUCUUUUGUGGAGUGGUGGGAAGCAUUCUGAAGUAUUUAUCACAGAUGAUGAACAUUUAUAUAACGUUUUUUUCCUCAGGCUGUUAGAGACCCUCACGCUUCACUGCCUGUUUCACUGACUGUUUCUUUUUGUGACUUGGAAGUCUUCCUUGAUGGUUAAUUGCGGUUGAGAGGAAGACCACUGUCAGCACUUCAGCCUCAGAUAGCACCUUUGCAUGGCCUCAGUUCUGAUCAAAUUGGGGAUGUGUUAGUAGUUUGUGAUUAACCUGUAUUCAGUGGGCAACACCUUGUAACGUGCAACGCUCCGCUUAUGUUCAUUGUGUUUGUCUGCAGUUUUAGCUGUCUCUAUAUGCUUCCCUUAAUAAGACUUGCGGCUCAGUGUGAUCAAAAUGAUCGAAAGCAAGUGCGCUCGAUCACAGCUGACUCGAUCUGCACUUGGAAUCAGAUUUUGUAUCAGAGUAGAUCAGGGCUUUGUUUUCUGUAAAGUUGGGGUAUAAUGUGGGUGUAAUUGAUUUCAGACUACAGAAAAAGCAAGACGGUCUUUGUAAACAUAAUAUCUGUGCUUAAGUGUAUUUGUAAAAGCUCAGGCUUAAUCACGAGUGAGAUGUCACUCUGUCACUCAGUGUUACGAAUCUGCUCUGUCAGAUUUUAACGCCCAAGUUAGCUUUGGGUAAACAUACUAAGUCUCACCAAAAUAAAGCAAGUUUUAUGGA